UCUUUCCCAGUUCCAAGCUCCGCAGUCUCUCUCAACUCUCAGCAAAUACAAAUCAACAGAAAAAACCCUGUCCCCCUGCCUCUCCCUCAGUCGCCGGAAUCCACAACCCAGUCGCCGGGAUCCGAAAAAUUCCCCAAAUGGGUAUCUCCACAAUCAACAAUCCACCGUCCGGAGCAACCCAAUCUUACCACCACACCCACAAAGUUUUCCUCUUCUGCAACUACAUUCUCUUGGGCGCAGCCUCGAGCUGCAUCUUCCUCACCAUCUCCCUCCGCCUCGUGCCCUCUGUCGGCGGCUUCUUUCUAAUCCUCCUCCACAUCCUCACGAUCGUAGGCGCAAUCUCCGGCUGUGCCGCCGCCUCUGCCGGGACCAACCGGUGGUACGGGGCGCACAUGGUGACCACAGUUCUCACCGCGAUCUUUCAGGGAUCGGUGGCGGUGCUCAUCUUCACGAGGACUAGUAAUUUUCUGGGGUACUUGAAGUCGUACGUUAGGGAAGAAGACGGCACUGUGAUACUGAAAUUGGCCGGCGGGCUCUGUGUUCUGAUAUUCUUCUUGGAGUGGGUGGUGCUGACUCUGGCUUUCUUCUUGAAGUACUAUUCUUACAUGGAACGCGACGGGGCUGAGGGGAUCAAUCCCAUGAAGAGGAGUGCGAAGGUGCAAGAGGAGGAUCUGAAGGACUGGCCGUGGCCUUUUCAGGUCUAAGUGCCGUGGCCUUUUCAGGUCUAAGUGGGUGAAAGAUCAAGCCUCUGUUUUAUGAGUGGUGCUGACUCUGGCUUUCUUCUUGAAGUACUAUUCUUAAAUGGAACGCGAUGGGGCUGAGGGAUUAAUUCCAUGAAGAGGAGUGCGAAGGUGCAGGAGGAGGAUCUGAAGGACUGGCCGUGGCCUAUUCAGGUCUAAGUGGGUGAAAGAUCAAGCCUAUGUAGGUUUUAUGGUUCUGUUUGUUCAUUCUUUGAGUUCUUGAUUUAAUUGGUUUCAUUCUGCGAUUAGCUAGCUGUAGUAUAUGGGAUUUUUCCUAAAAUCUUGAAUUGAUUUGUUGGGUUUGAUGUGGAUUGAUUUGGGGGGAAGGGAUGAGAGAGAACAGAUUGUAAUGUAUCAGGGGGAAAAGGGAAUUGAGAUUCAGAUCUGGGGUUAUUUAUUAGUUUGUUUAAUAGUUUUCUGGGGAGGGAGGAAACACGGUUGAUCAAGUAUGUGAAUGGACGGCCAGUGUGCUAAUUCUUUUUCAUUAUAAAUUAUAAUAUUGGGCAGUUUUAUGCUUUUAA